UUCAUUGACAAAUUCCUUGUUUCAAUAAAAAAAUCUCGUAUUACGUUAGUUGUUUAAUACAUUCCUAGUAAAACUGAUGGGGGCUCGUUGAUAAACAGAUUGAAUUGCGUUCUGUUCGAUUAGGCAAAUCGAAUGUCAAAUUCUUGUUGGCAUUACCACAGACUGCAAAAUAGUGGAGAAGGAAAUAUUUUUUAGCGCCAUCUUGCCUCGUAACUUCUAAUUCGUCAGUGCCUGUGAAUGGACUUGUCAUAAGUGUUUUAUGUUAUUUUGCUCCUUGUUUCGGUUGAAAUUAGUGCAUUAAAUUCCCAGUAUACAUUACGUGCAGUAAUGCGAAGUCACACCCGAGCAUGAGAAAGCAUAGAUAGUUUCGAAAUUGACAUAUCACGUAUUUUCAUGGAUUAGCCUUGCACCUAAGCCAGUUUUAAUAACACGGCUUUUUUGAAGGAAAAUUUGAACCCUACACUUCAUCAAUUCUAGGAUUUUAUUCUGAUUCGAAAAGUUUGGGAGUUUUCUAUAUUUGUGGACAAGAAGUAGCUUCAUCAACGACACCAGCCAUAGUUCAUAUGCCAACAAUGGCUAUGCAGAAGAUGAGGAGACAGGGUCAAGAUGUCAUGCAGGUGAAUUUGGCGGGAAUUAGGCGAGACAUUGUUAAUCUUGCCCACAACUAUAGCAAUGCUCAGAAAGCUGUACGUAAAGCUACCAGUAAUGAUCCCUGGGGUCCAAGCAGUACACUUAUGGCAGAAAUUGCUGAUUUAACAUAUAAUGUUGUGGCUUUUACUGAGAUCAUGCAAAUGUUGUGGAAGAGAUUAAACGAUCACGGAAAAAACUGGCGGCACGUGUACAAAGCUUUAGUUCUUUUAGAGUACCUCAUUAAAACAGGCACGGAAAAAGUUGCACAGCAAUGUAAAGAAAAUAUUUUUGCCAUCCAAACAUUGAAAGAUUUUCAAUACAUGGAAGGGUCUAAGGACCAGGGUGUGAAUGUGAGAGAAAAAGCAAAGCAACUAGUGGCCUUAUUAAAAGAUGAUGAGAGAUUAAGAAAUGAAAGAGUUAGAGCACUGAAAGCAAAAGAAAGAUUUGCACAAUCAGUUAGUGGAUUUGGUAGUGAUGGACUAGAUACCAUGUCACCUGUAAGCAGUGAUUUUCAGGAUUGGGAACCAUGCCGUUUGGGAUCUGAAGCGCCAACUAGACCUGAAUUGGAAGCUGCAAGGCCGCAAACGGUAGGAGAAGAGGAAUUACAGCUACAAUUAGCUCUAGCAAUGUCGAGAGAAGAAGCGGAGCAAGAAGAACAAAGAAGACGCAGUGACGACGUCAGAUUGCAAUUAGCUCUUAGUCAAAGUCAGCAAGAUUUUAAAGCUCCGCAAACUGAUAAACAAAGUCACAUGAGAGACUUGCUGGAUGUAAAUUUGGAAGAAGCAUCGGGGUAUAAUGUAAAAACCGAUCCUUGGGGUGUACCAAUUACACCACCUCCGCCCAGACCUCAGUCUUUGGAUUUAUCUCACUUUUAUCUAUACGAGCCACAAAAUGAUCCAUGGAGUGUUCCUACAACAAGUAGUACAUCACCCGCGAUUGAUCCAUGGGCUCCUGUUUCGCAAUUAUCGCAAAGACCAACUGCUGCAAUUGAUCCGUGGCGAGCACCCCCAUCAUCUCCCGUAACAGUUACAACUUCACCUAGCGCAGAUCCUUGGACGCCAGCACCUGCUGCUGCUACUACUGAAGCUGAUACAAACAAAAAACAGGCUGGACGAGAAGGUAUCACAUCAUCUGUUUCUCCAUCUUUCAACAAUCCUACUUUAACACAAAACAUCGGCUUUGCGGCGCAGUCACCACAAAAUAUAGGCUUUAAUUUGCCUACAACUUCAAGUGCUACGUUUAACACAACUACUAAUGGUUUCAACGGCACUGGACCUAGUCUAAAUAAUUUCACCAUCGAGAAUCAGGCCAGUUCUGUAGUCAGUCCACUGAGCGAUUUAGAUGAAUUUGAUGUAAUUUCUAACAGAAAUAAGCCUGGACCUAGUCUGCAAACUGCAAAUAAUGGAAGUACGCUAUCACCGGAUCCGUUUGAUUUGGGGAGCAUAGGGGAAACUCUUCCUACGAGUGCAGGAGCUAUUAAGAAAACACCACAGUCGUUCCUCGGAGAGAACUCUGCUCUUGUCAAUCUUGAUAAUCUUGUCAGUACUUCUACGAUCAAGCCUGCAACGCCUACACCCGCAGCAACUAUAUCAUAUUCAGCAAAUCCAUUUGCGACGGCAACACCACCACCACCCCGUCCCUCAAUUAAUCAGAUUCGACAAGAUCCUUGGACAGCGAAUACAACUACUACAGCGAAUCCGUUCCUCUCGUAGCUUGGUGAUAAUUGUUGAAGAUGUCAGUCGAAAAUCAAGAGCACUGUGGUCUAAAAAGUAUU